AUGAACCAAAAGCAGUUGAAACAAAUCCAUGGCCACACCCUGCGCAAUGGCAUAGAUUUCACGAAAUUCCUAAUCACCAAGCUUCUUGAAAUCCCAAACAUACCCUACGCUCACAAAGUGUUAGACCUUAUUCCUCAACCAACUGUCUUCCACUACAACAAACUCAUUCAAGCUUUCUCUAAACAUGGCCCCUGUGACAAAUGUUUUGUGCUUUACACCCAAAUGCGCCUCAAUGGCUGCUCCCCUAACCACCACUCCUUCACCUCCCUCUUCUCUGCUUCUGCCACACUAAACAUGCCUCCUAACCAAGCUCAGUUUCUCCACACUCAUCUUGUGAAAUCAGGUUAUGAAUCUGAUCUCUACGCCUCCACAGCUUUAGUCGACAUGUAUGCAAAACUAGGCUGCUUACCUUUUGCACGCCAAGUGUUUGACAAAAUGGAGAUCAGAGAUGUUCCCACCUGGAAUUCCAUGAUAGCAGGGUAUGCAAGAAACGGGGAUAUGGAGGGAGCAUCAAAGCUGUUUGAUGAAAUGCCUACAAAGAAUGUUGUUUCCUGGACAACCAUGAUAUCUGGGUACUCACAGAACGGGAAUUACAGGAGUUGUCUCAAGUUGUUUUUGGAAAUGGAGAAAAACAAUUUAGUAAUUCCAAAUGAAGUCACAGUUGCUAGUGCUCUUCCAGCCUGUGCGAAUCUUGGAGCAUUGAAAGUGGGAGAGAGGAUUGAAAGGUAUGCAAGGGCACAUGGGUAUUUGAAGAAUCUGUUUGUGUGUAACGCGUUGCUAGAAAUGUAUUUCAAAUGUGGUAGAGUUGAUAAGGGUAUGGAGAUAUUUGAGGAAAUUGGUGAAAGGAGGAACUUGUGCUCAUGGAAUACUAUGCUCAUGGGUUUGGCUGUUCAUGGAAAAGGUAAUGAAGCUCUUGUGCUUUUCCACCAAAUGAUACUCAUAAUGCCACCAGAUGAUGUGACAUUUGUGGGAGCAAUCCUUGCAUGCACCCAUGGAGGAAGGAGAAUGGUGGAGAAAGGAUGGGAACUUUUCAAAUCAAUGGAGGAAAAAUUCUCCAUCAUUCCAAAACUUGAACACUAUGGAUGCAUGGUUGAUCUUCUUGGGCGUUCUGGAGAGCUUACAGAAGCCUACAAUCUUAUAAAAAGUAUGCCAAUGAAACCAGACUCAGUUGUAUGGGGAAGCCUUCUUGGGGCAUGUAGUUUUUAUAAGAAUGUUGAGCUUGGUGAGAUAGCAGCUCAACAUCUGUACAAACUGGAGCCUUGGAACGCGGGCAAUUAUGUAAUUUUAUCCAAUAUAUAUGCGAAUACAGGGAGGUGGGAUGGAGUUGCAAAGUUGAGGAAGGUGAUGAAGGGUUCUGAAAUCAUGAAGGCAGCUGGGUAUAGCUUUAUUCAACAAGGAAGUGAAGUUUAUAAGUUUAUUGUGGAUGACAGAUCACAUCCGAGAUGUGAUGAAAUUUAUUGGAUGCUAAAUCGUGUUUCAUCAAAGAUGAAGAAGCAGCAUGAUGUAGAUGAAGAUACAACUGUUUUUGAAUGUAUUGGUUAG